AGGUAAAUAGUGCAUAGAGGUAACAGGAAGCUGGAAUAGCAGAUCAAGAAAUUGAAGAGUGCAGCUAAUCAAGCACAGACUCUGCCGCUCUGCAAUCCAAAAGUACUAGAGUCUAAGAAGUUGUUGAAUCCCAAUGGCAGCGUCCAAGAAUUCCGGUUUUGCCUCUUCUUCGUCUUCUUCAAGUUCAAGUUAUGAAGUGUUCUUGAGCUUUCGUGGAGAAGACACUCGCACCAACUUUACCGAUCACCUCUACCAUGCCUUGGAUGAUGCUGGGAUUAACACUUUUAGAGACAACGAAGAACUUCCAACGGGAAAGAAGAUUGGGCCGGAGCUAAUCACUGCGAUCGAGCAGUCGAGAAUCGCUAUCCCCAUCUUGUCGGAGAAUUAUGCUUCCAGUAAAUGGUGUCUCAAUGAGAUCACUAAGAUCUUUGAAUGCAAAAACACAAUGGAUCAGGUCGUUCUGCCCAUUUUCUACAAAAUCGAACCCUCGGCUGUACGGAACCAGACCGGAAGCUAUGCAAAGGCCUUUAAGAAACACCAGACCUGUUUUGACCACAAAACCGUGAAGAAGUGGAAGGAAGCUCUGAGAGAGGUUGGAUCAUUGAAGGGAUGGGAUUCGAAGAACGCUGCUAAUGGAUAUGAAGCAAAGUUAAUAAAAUUAGUUGUUGCAACAGUUUGGAGUACAUUGAACAAGACACCCUCAAUUGUUUCUGAUAACCUAGUCGGAAUCCAAUACCAUAUAGAAAAUAUGUUGGGGUUGUUAAACAUUGAAUCUGAUGAUAGAAAAAUUGUGGGGAUCAAUGGCUUCGGAGGCAUUGGAAAGACAACGAUUGCCAAGGCUGUGUACAAUACAAUCUUUCUUCACUUUCAAGGAUAUAGUUUUAUUGCCAAUGUUAGAGAAACUGCUCAACAACAUAACGGACUAAUUUGUCUACAAAAUCAGCUUUGUCUUGAUAUCCUAAAGCAAGAAAACCCAUACAUUACUAAGGUUGAUGAUGGACUUAAUGUUAUCAAACAAAGAUUCCGCAAGAAAAAGGUUCUUAUUGUUCUCGAUGAUGUAGAUCAAGAGAUUCAAGUAAAUGCAUUAAUUGGGGACCUUGAAUGGUUUGGCUUCGGAACUAGGAUCAUUGUCACAAGUAGAAAUAAGGCUAUUUUAAUUGCUCAAAAAGCAGAUGGGAUUUAUCAGCCCAAGGAAAUGGACCUACAUCAAUCUCUUCAACUUUUUAGCUAUCAUGCAUUUAGAAGAGACCAACCUCCAGAAGAAUAUUUAGAACUCUCAAAAGCUAUGGUAAAAACUACUGGAGGACUACCCUUGGCUCUUCAAGUUGUAGGUUCAUCUUUAUUCUGCAUGGGAAAAUCAACAUGGCAAGGCACAUUGGAAAAGUUGCAAGGAGUUCCUAAUAAUGAGGUCAUGCAAAGACUGAGAAUAAGUUAUGAUGGAUUAGAAUAUGAGGAGAAACAAAUAUUUCUUGAUACUGCGUGCUUCUUCAUUGGAAUGCACAAGGAUGUUGCAUGCUACAUAUGGGAAGGGUGUAAUUUUUAUCCUAAAAUAGGACUUGAUGUUCUGCAUCUGAGGUCUUUGAUAACAAUUAGUGAAGAUGGUUAUUUGAGGAUGCAUGAUCAGCUCCGGGAUCUUGGAAGGGAAAUCGUUCGUCAAGAAAAUUUUAAUGAACCAUGUGAGCGUAGUAGGAUAUGGUCUCAAGAGGAAGCAUUGAAUGUAUUAAAUACAAAGAUGGGAAAUAGAAAAGUUGAAUGUCUUAAUAUUGACUUUGAAGAUAGCUCAAGAAGCCAAUGUUUGGUGCAUGAAGGAUUUGCCAAAAUGACUGAACUAAGGUUACUUCGAGUGGAUUAUGCACAUUUUGCUAAAAAAUUCAGACGUCCUUUUUCACAACUGAGAUGGCUUAGUUGGACGGGAUGCCCUAUGCAAUUUACAGUAACCAAUUUUGAUCCAAGGAAACUGGUUGUUCUUAAUCUAUCAUGUAGUGAGAUCACAGAACACUGGUUGGGUUGGAACCACAUCAAGCUAUCAAGAACACCUGAUCUUUCCGCAAAUAGAUGCUUGGAGAUAUUGAUUCUUACAGGCUGUGAGGAGUUGGUUGACAUUGAUGCAUCUGUUGGUCUUCUUGGGAGGUUAAGAGUUUUCGAUGUUUCGGAAUGCUUUAGAAUUGAAUCAUUCUCAAUUAAGCUUUCAAACCUGACAAAUUUAGAGAUAUUGAACCUUAAAUUCCCUUGGAAUCUGAGGAAGAUACCAAGUGACAUUGAGAAAUUGGCAAAAUUGAAAUCUUUGAAGUUUUCCUCUGGCGACUUCAGAGAGGUACCAGCUGCCUUCAAUGCUCUUACUUGUCUUGAGUCUCUCAGUUUUAGUCAAUGUGGGUACCUUCGGCAUAUCUCAAUUCUUCCCUCAAGUUUAACAUGCCUGAGGGCUACAUUCUGCUGGGCACUAACCGAGAUUCCAGGUACCAACGGAUUGGAAUCAUUGGAAAUAUUGGAUGUUUCUUGCAACAAUACUGCCACAGGAUAA